AUGACCUCCAUUCCACCAAACGACUCUACACAACAACCACUCAAAGCAUCCGACCACUUCAACGACGGCAAAUACCAUCUCCUUCUCGCAGCAACCGGCUCAGUAGCAACCAUCAAAAUCCCCAACAUCCUCACCGCCCUCUCGCACCACCCCAACCUCUCCAUCCGCUUGCUCCUCUCCGAAUCCGCUGUGGAAUUCCUCCAAAACCAAUCCCGAGAGCAGCCAUCCCUCCAGGAUCUCACCACCAUCCCCAACGUCGACGGCAUCUACCGCGACGCAGACGAAUGGCGCAAACCGUGGGUGCGAGGUGAUAGCAUCGCGCACAUUGAGCUCCGCCGCUGGGCAGAUCUCAUGCUCAUCGCUCCGCUCUCGGCCAACAGUCUGGCGAAAAUCGCCCUCGGCUUGUCCGACAAUCUCGUCACUUCUGUUGUGCGCGCGUGGGAUACGACGGGCAUGAUUGAUGCGCCGAGACCGGGAAUCCGGCAUGCGUGGGGCGAGAGGAAGGUGAUUGUUGUUGCGCCGGCGAUGAAUACGGCCAUGUGGAAUCAUCCCGUCACGGCGAAGCAUUUGAAGGUGUUGGGGGAGGAAUGGGGGGUGGAGGCUGGAGGGUGGAUUGAUGUUUUGCGGCCGGUGGAAAAGGAACUCGCGUGUGGCGACACGGGAUCCGGAGCCAUGCGGGACUGGAAGGAGAUUGUUGCUCACGUCGAAUCAAAGCUUGGACUAUCGACAGUGAACGGAGGGUGA